GCCUGGUAGUUUCCUCACCCAGCGAUAUCGUCGCACCGUCGGGGGUGUUUUGUUGCAUUUAGAACUUGCCAACACCAUUCGAUGGUCAAGUUGCAUCUCACUGAAUGGUCACCAUGUCACCUAAAGAUUGUACCUACCUUCAUUUAUUGCUCCCGUGUGGUUGCAGUAGUCAUCCCGCCGGCCUCCCGCUUGACAUUUGCACAGUCUGCACAUAAUACGGAUUGAGACUCGACCCCAGACGGAAUGGGCAUUGGAUGGCCGAUGUCCCUGCAUCAUAACUUGUACCCGCUUCGAUGUGCAGUCGCAAUCAAACCAUCUCGAGGUUACGAAGCAGCAGAGAUGCUUAGUGCACGUGACGGCCCGAGCGCAAGCUACCAUGAAUUAGCGAGACCCCACCAAGCCCAUUACCUAAGAUGUACUGGGGUCUACUAAUGAGUUCUCUGACAUCAUCAUCGGUCCGCUCGGCUGUCGGACCAGAAUUGAGGGAAGCCUUGGCCAAGCCUCUGGCUGCUCUCUACCUUAUUCGGGUCUUUUGGUGACUGGAGGUUGUAUGUUGUUUGAUCUGUCUUGGGCAUGCGAAAUCUCUCCGGUUCAAAUCCAUAAUUAUAUUCUUACUCAAACUUAUAUUCGCACUCACCAAACAUCCAGAGCUCGUUGAGCCCCGCACUCAUACAAGGCUCUUUGAAGCCUCAUCGGAAAUCAUGGCAGACUCUGCGAAAACCAAAAUGCCUGCCGAGCCGGUGCAGAUUGACAAAGAAAAGAUCAAGAAAGCAUUUGAUGUGUCAAACUUUGACUUUAAUGCUGUCUUGCGUGGCAUGCAAUUGACCCUGGUGGGAGCUCACAGGGCCCUCCAAAACCCUGCCAUAUUCACAUCAGAGCACUACCGGCAAGCACUAUAUGCUGUUGGUGCUGGAAUCGCCAUCCGUCUGGCGAUAGCCAUUCCAAUUCUUGGUAUCAAAGUCCUUCUUUGGGUCCUUUCGUUCGUCUUCCGCAUGGACGGCGUAACUUGGGAUGACAAGCUCGUUGAUGGACUCAACUUUGUUGGCGAAUAUGUGCUUCAGGUACCGCUCUUUCUUAUGAGCAUGAUGAGGCUUAUUUCACCGACUCUGGAUAACUUAUUCAUGGACUCCUUGAGAUGGGUCGACCUGACUUAUGUCCAGAAACACAAGCGCGAUAACCCAGAUGAACUUAGGGAUAUGUAUUAUCCCAACAUGAGGAUGUACAAACAGCGGGACGGGAGCACCAACUCCACAAGCACCGCCGAAGCAUCUUCUAUGUUUAUCUGGCGGUUCGCGCGCAAGGCCUUUAUCUCGUUGGCCAUGUUUGCCCUUUCAUACGUCCCAGUCAUUGGCCGUUUCGUCCUUCCGGCAGCCAGUUUCUACACCUUCAAAAAGGCUGUCGGCUUAGGGCCAGCAAGUGUCAUAUUUGGCACUGGCGUGCUGAUGCCCAGGAAAUAUCUUAUUAUUUUCCUGCAGACCUACUUCUCGUCCAGAAACCUGAUGCGUGAGCUCCUUGAGCCAUACUUUUCGCGCAUUCAUAUGACCAAGGAACAGAAGAAGCGCUGGUUUCGGACUCGUGAGGGUAUUCUCUUUGGAUUCGGUAUUGGCUUCUAUAUUUUGCUUCGCGUGCCUCUACUAGGUGUUCUCAUUUACGGCAUUGCAGAGGCGUCCACCGCUUACCUCAUUACAAAGAUUACAGACCCUCCGCCGCCACCCUCAGAGCUUGCGGCAUAUGUUGAGAGUCAAAAAGUCUGGAAGAACAAGCACGAGUUCCUGAGCCUGUCUCUUGGGGAUCUGGAUGCUUUGCAAAUGAACAAAUCUGUGACGGCUUCUUCUAACAAACCGCCACCUUAUUCUGAACAAGCCCCAGGCACUGGAAACUCCACGGGUAUGGCAUCGCAUGGUUGAAAGCAUGCGAUUGUGGCUAUCUUGGGCGGCAUGGGCAUAUCAGCGUUGCUAUCUACGAUAUCAACUUAUCAGCGCUGCGAUGUCGGUCGGAAACCAGUCAAGUACUCGGAAUCGGCUUUCAUGCAGUUGUGGAGCUAAUGCAACCGUUGGUCUUUCGCCUUGGGACUGUGGGGAGCUUGUGGGAUAAUAUAAAGACGCAACGCCGGCCAAGGUUCGGGAAAUGAUGCGGGGUGGGGUAUACUGCUAGACUAGACCUAGUACUAAGUCGUGCGUACCUAGGUAGCACAUUGGUUUGAUACAUGCAAUCUACUACGUAAAGCCUUAAUCAAAUUGGGAUGGCAAGAAGCAUCAGUCAGUUUGGCCAAGAUAGCUUGUAGUGAUCAUCCCGAGUAGUAUGCGGGGUAGCUUAUCAGAGUGAUUGAUACAAAUACUUCCUGUCCUGCCUUUCC